AUGUCCGUGAUUGAGAUGCGUCCGUCCAAUAUCUGUCCUCAUUGAUUUCAUGCAAAGUCGACGAUAACAACAUCUUAACACAAUAACGCUCAUUCCCAUCUGCAGCGCCCAUAUUCAACAUUGUGUUGUUUUAAUCACAAUUCGUGCCCACACCUCUCUCCGGUCUGCCGCCGCCGUUGCGGUUGUUUCUUCUCAAGAUCAAAAGGUGCAGACCAACACAUCUCGCACCCAGACUCCCGCUGAGGGGCGCUCUCCAGCGGAGAGAACCGUAUCAAGUUGGCGUUAGCUCUCUCGCGGACCCGUUCGUCAGUUUCCCAAUUACCCUCACUGUGGCCAUCUCUUGGGCGCGCUGGCACGGUUCGUCGUGCUGCAUGGCCACACGCGUCUCUCUCGACCAUGGCACCGGGGCAGUCCGAGAAGAAGGUGGAACAGUCAUACUUGAGCUCUGCUGUCAAUUCUAUCAACCCUUGGGCAAGCAGUCGCAGUACAACCCCGACUCAGCCCAAUAAGCCAGAACAGAGUCACCCUGCGGCUUCCGCAAACCCCGACGACCACAGCACUACACACCUUUACGGCCAAAGUUUCAAAACGUACCCCCCAGACUGUCCGCCUCUCAAAGUCCAGUGGUUUCAUGCUGUCGAUGUUCCUAAACGGAAACCUCAGCUUGGCUCCUCAAGCCGGUCGCCUGCUCAACCCCCUCAACCCCCGACUCAGCCAAAGAAAUUCUCUCCAUUCUCAGUCUCUGACUCGAGAACACUUGAGAGUGAAUACCAGGGGCUCCUAGAGGCAACAGAAAACACUCAGCCCACCGGUACUGGGGAUACUCGUCUCCCCUCCCGGAAAAGAAAGGUUGACGCGUAUAGUUUGAGCUCUGGAUCAUCUCCCACUGCCACUAUUCCAUCCAAAACUGUACAUGUGCCGGUGAACGAGGAUUUCCUUUUUGACGUUGAAAUUGGGGGCCGAGAAUUGGCUCCUGUGUACUGGCUUGGGCCAGUCUAUGAAGUCCGACGUGGAACCUGGUUCUACCAGGAUGGAUCGAACCUCCGCCCAUGUGAAGAGAACCUUGCCGCACAGCUCGAGGAGGGUUAUCUCAAGAUGAAGCCAUGGCUGUAUCCAGUAAGAGAUCGCAGUCCAUCAGGUGCGAAAAAGGUUACUCCGAAAGGUUCCCGGGAAAACUUCAGGGCAACAAUUACAUCUUCAUCCGCAGUCACAUUCAAUCCAAUCACCUCGUCUACCACGACGGCUCAAAACCAGGCUCCCUUGCAGCCCCAAACACAUCGGCUCUUCGGGACUUACAUGAACAGUGUUGCUACUUACCAGGAUUCAACCACUGCAUGGCUAACAUCCGACAGUAUGCUCUCUUGGGUGACGUCUUCCGUAUAUGAAAGAUUUGCCGGCGGAGGCUACAUGAGCGGAGUGAAGCUUAUCCGAGGAUACGCGGAGCCGAGCAAGAACAAAGAAAAGGAAAAGGACAAAGAAGAUGAUGGCAAAGCUCCCUCGACUACAUCUGAGGAUGGCAACGGCCUUGAUGAAAGGCAGCAGAGAAUGUUAAAGCGCAGAUCUGCACCACCGACAACUCGACCGUCUCAUGACGGAUCCUCCCAGACUAGCCAGUCAGUAGCAGGCGACAGCGAUCCCCGAGAGCUCAAGCUUCAACGACAACUUUCAUCCCUCAUUGAGAGCGAUGGGAUGAGCAAAGCUAGGACGGAGGAAGAGAUCCGAAGGCGAGAAGAACAAGAAAUACAGGACGAUUAUAAUGCUCAAGCGGGCGAGACACAGGGUCGCGAAAUAGAACAUCUUGUGUUGGUAACGCACGGGAUUGGCCAGCUGCUUAGUCUUCGCAUGGAAAGUGUCAAUUUUGUCCACGACGUCAACGUCCUCCGCAAAACGAUCAAAUCUGUUUAUACAAAUUCGGCGGAUUUGAAGGCACUAAACUCUGAGCUGGGCACUGGUCCAGGCAACUGUCGAGUGCAGGUGUUGCCUGUUUGUUGGCGACAUUUGUUGGACUUUCCUAAGAAAAGAGAAAAGAGGGGAGAGCAUGACCUGGGCGAGGUUGUCGGAGAUGAAGAUGACUAUCCUUCGUUAGAGGAUAUCACUAUUGAAGGGAUGGCCUUUGCUCGAUCACUCAUAUCGGACCUGGCUCUAGAUGUCCUUCUCUACCAAAGCUCUUACCGUGAGCAAAUUUCGAAAAUUGUUCUAAAGGAGUGCAAUAGGAUUUUCAAGCUGUUCAAAGAGAGAAACCCCGAGUUCAAGGGAAAGGUCCACCUUCUGGGUCACUCCUUGGGCUCUGCCAUCCUUUUUGAUGUUCUUUGCCAGCAAAAAGAGCGUGUGGACGAACAAAAGGCGACAUCGCGUUUCUGGUCACCUCAGGAGCGACACGAAGCAUCCGCGAAAAACGCAGAGCUGGAUCUCGAUUUUGACGUUGGAGAUUUCUUCUGCCUGGGAUCUCCAGUAGGAUUAUUCCAGAUGCUGAAGGGCCGGACCAUUGCUGCACGGCAGCCUCUUCAAGCAGCCCGGUUCGAGGAACUCUUAAAUGCAGAACCUGUCGAGGAUGCAUUUCGUUCAUCUGCUCUCGCCCCAGGGGAUAGCCAGGUCUCUCCGGUUACUGGCCUAUCCACUUCGAUAUCUUCCCCGAAGGUCGAACAGUUGUUUAACAUCUUCCACCCAUCAGACCCCAUCAGCUACCGCUUGGAGCCACUGAUCUCGCCAUCAAUGUCGACAUUGAAGCCGCAAUUGCUGCCCUACACCAAGAAAGGGAUUUUUGGCAAUGUAGCGCCGCAAGGCUUGACUGGCAUUGGAGCGAAGGUUGGGCAGAGCGUCAGCGGGCUAUGGUCAAGCUUAAGUGCGGGUAUUGCCAGCAACAUAUUAAACCGUAGCUUAGGGCUUAGCAGCGAUGAGGUGGCUCGAAUCACGGCCAACGCGGCGCACGGUGAUUCAACGGAUCCGGCGAAUCCAGGGGGCGACGUGGCAGCUGAUGUCUCGAAGCUGGGAGAGAAGGCAGAUGCUCGAAAGAAGCAGCUCGCAGACUCCGCGACCCUUGAAUCAGGCUCUGGAGCUAGUGGACACAGUCCGACGCUGAUAGACGACGAACUGGAGACGCUUUUCUCCAGGUUCCAGCAGAGGCGAGCCGACAUAGGCAAAGACGGCGAAACGCCGAGGACGCAGGAGGAGGAUCGCAAGGCCCGGAAACUGCGCGCGGAGGAGAACAAAGUUCGUGCGCUGAAUCGCAAUGGACGGGUAGAUUAUAGCAUUCAAGAAAGCGUUCUCGACUUCAACCCCAUCAAUACGAUCGCAUCACACAUGGGAUACUGGGCCGAUGAGGACGUCAACCACUUUAUGCUUUCUCAGCUGCUAUCAUACCGGUCGGGGCGGAGGAAGGAGACUUAAAGAAGCAACUGAUUACUUGGCCUCAACGUGUGAAAACACCAAGGCCUGUCGUUACAGAAUGGAGUUGAUAGACUAUAAAACCAGGCGAAGCAAUCUCGAGGGCUAUUCUAGUUGGGAGAUGAGCAAAUACCAACUUCACUUAGCGAAUUGGGUAGAGUUCCUUCCGCCGCCUUUUCAAGACAGUCCGUGAUGGUGUUUGUCUGGGAAAGUCUGUAAGGCCACAGGCCAGCCACCGUGCAACUGUAUUCGCGGCCAUGCUUUGUUUAUCAGAACCUAGCAGUGAAUAUCUAACAUUCCCCCUUAGAUACGCAGAUACAAUGCAGAUCAAUUUCCC